GACGUAACAGAGACGACUUUAUUUUAUUUGCCGGUUGCAAAAUGUUAGUUCACACCGACCAGCCGGAGGGCAGUCGCAAUGUUGUCAAACAAUAGCGACUGAUAAAAACCCGUCGUCGAAAGGACCAAGAUGAGAAGAAAAAGUGAUUUUAUUCCGAAAAUACCGGCGGCGCCCUCUUUCUGCCUGCGUCGUCCCAUGCCGUUGCGUAUCGUGUUUAAGAGGUGUAUGCUGCGGAUCUUUCGCGGCCACUUGGGUAGAUGCUUCCUUGUUUCUGCUUUUGCAGCAUCCACUACUGCUACAGCAAGCACACCAGCACAAACUUCCGUCCCGGAACAAGCCGCACCCAGGUCGACGCGGCCCAAAUCUAAUUUCUUCCGUAAAUUCCCCGACAAUGUGAAUGGCCUGGAAAUUGACGCCGGCGAUUCCCUGCAAUUCUACGCUAGUGCGGAUAGUGAGCUGCUGCGAAGGAAGUUUUUCGGUCGUCACAACGAAGCCACGCCCUCGAAGCCAUCGGCGGGACAUGCACAUGAAGACUAUGAAUUGCAAAAGUAAAAUCGUACUCGUAUAAAUGCAUUACAAAUUUCCUCAGCAUGAGAAAUAAAAUUUCUUAUGCGGAUUUACCUUUAAGAACAAGAUUUGUAAUGCGUGAUUGCUAUACAACCUACGAGUACUUUUGCACUGGACAAAGACUGGGAGCCGCUCUGCUACCCGAACGGGAUCGACAACCGGCUAUCUGGUCCUCCCUCCUGCCGCGCCCUCGUCGUGAUCGCGGUCGGCAAAUUUUCGGGAAAAAUUCCCCGAGGCCCGUACUCAUCUUCUCAACCGCAUAAUCAGGAUCGACAAGAUGCUGGUGGCGCAGAAGCACGACCAGGAGAUGUUAGCUCUUCUUCGUCCCUUUCAAUCAAGACUCCCUUCACGGAACUGGCGAUCGCUUUUCCAGCCUGCGCUGUUCACGAAAGCGACGAGAACGGAACCGAUUUGGAAAGCAGGGCCACCUUCCUUCCGAACUGCAACUCGUUCCAAUCUUGCCAACCGAAAUUUCCUGAUUGCGUUUACACCUACCUCUACCGCACGUACGUGAACAGUGAGGAAAUCGCGAGGCACGGGGUUGUAUGCAUUGCAAAAGUAUCGUACUCGUAUAAAUGCAUUACAAAUUUCCUCAGCGUGAUAAAUUAGGUUUGUAAUGCGGAUUUACCUGAAGAAAAAAUUUUGUGAAGCAUGACUGCAAUUAUACGAGUGCGAUACUUUUGCACAGGAUAGGGCGAAGUUCUCGGCGUGGAUAAGCGGUUUGUGCCGAACGCGAAGUGGAUGCAUUGGAAUCUGCAACAAGAAGAAGUCGCUGCGGGUUCCCCAUCAUCUUCAUCUGGCGACAGUAAAAAAAAUACUUCCCAAGAAGUGGUCCCCGCACCGGCAACUUCUUCUUCCGCAGCACGGCAAGAAGUACAAUUAGAGUCACCACUCAACAGCCAGCUAGAUUUUUCUUUCGCCGACGAGUAUGCAGUGCAAAAGUACUAUCUUACUCGUAUAUAUAAAUGCAUAUACAGGCUUCCUCAUCCUCUUCCUCAACAACAUGAGAAAUAAAAUUUGUAAUGCUGAUCUACCUCAAGAAAAGGAUUUGCAAUGCCAAUGCAUGAUUAUAAUACAACGAGUACGAUACUUUUGCACAGGAUAACGAGUAUGGCACGCCGAUUUUGAAGGGAAAUGUCGGGAUUCAGGGGUUGGCAAUGACAUCAAGCGGAAGUAAAAAUGGUGAGCCACUGACAGGGACAGGUGGCAACAUGGCAGGUACUGCAACAUCUUCCCCCACUGCUAGUGCUGCUCCCCCGCCCGACGAGGAUUCAUACGAAGCGAUUUUCAAGAAACAGAUGGAGAAGCUCGCGAAAAGCGGACCAAAGCACCAAAUUUUGCCCGUGGUGGGAAAGGUGAAAGAGCAAAAGACCGAAGAAGCAGAAGAUCACUUCUCCCGUAUGUUCCAGGUGAUCAGCACCGAAAUUUUACCCAAAGCGGACAACGACAUCAAAUUUCAAUCGGAUUUGGACGCUGGCGUGUUGCUGGAGAAUAUCGGGCUGAAAAUCGAGAAAGCGGUGUUCUACCAGUAUUGUGAGGAAAAAUCCCCCCUCCCCAUAUCGAGAAGGACAACUGCGAUGCUGGAUUUGCGUACACAAGUCGACUUGUAUUGCUAGAAGGCCAAAUAAAGACGCAGCUGUGGCCUGAGUUGUAGGCAAUUUGUCAUGCUCUUUCCCUGUUCCAGUUGUCUCCUGUCAUGCUGAAGAUACAAGGCUUUCCCACCCCAGCCAGCACUACAGUCGCAGUCCGCAUCCUUUGCCUUCUCUAGCAUGACAACACGACUUUGUGGUCACAAAUCAUACUAAGUACACAAAUCUCCGCUUUAGUAUGGGGAGGGGGGACUUUUCAUUUUGAUAACCAGAACAUGCAGAUGCAGAUUCUCCCGCCGUGGAACAGAAUCAGCACCGCUACUUUAUUUGCGACAACACACAACGAGAAGACUGCUGCGACGUUACAGCCGGGUGUAGUGGGAGGUGCAGCAGAUGAUAAGCGCUCUGAUCUUGGUCAUGCUGGAUCUUCAGCCGCAGGUCGUGCGAGCAGCGCAGGAAGUGGCAGAAGUAUAACUGGGAGAACUACAUCAAGUCGAAGCAGGCCAGGCGGCGAAACUACAGGAAGUCGAGAAGGAGGAGCCAAGAACUAUGCAAUGUAAAUUUCCUGUACAUGUACAAAAUGCAUGACAAAUUUCGCUACCUUGCAGAGUCCAACUUGUCAUGCUGGACUAGGAUUGAAGGCAAGUUUUGUCAUGCAGAGACUGCAUUUGUACGUGUACGGGAAAUUUACUGUGGAUAAGAACACGCAGCACCACAUCGGCGUAGUUUCUGAUGGAAACCAGCAGACGCUACAUAUAAAAGCCUCAGGUUGGAAAUACUCAAAGCGAAAAUAGUUUGUAAUGUAGAAAAGCACUCCAAUUGAAGCGCCACUUCUAAGCGGCGCAUGACAAAUUUCCCGGGCACGUAAAGCAUAUCUGUCAUGCUGGUUAACGCAAAGGGGUGCCCUUCUCUCGUGCUAAUCAGCACUCCAAUCAUUAACCCGUAGAAGGGCAAUACUCGGCCUCCAUUGCGUCCUCUGCAAUACAGUCUUUUUUGCGUCGCAUUUCAUGCAUCACAAAUUAUUUCCACUUUGAGAAUUUCCAUUCUGAGGCCUUCAUACUACAGCAGCUGAACCCCAGCCCCCGUCGGGGCGGUGAUAGUACAGCUGGGAUGGGGGAUUCGUCUUCCACUGGUCGCAAGAGAAACGUGAACGCGAAGGACCUGAUCUAUGCGGAUUUUGAAGACGCAGUGUUCGACGAUGAUGAUGGUGAUAACGAGCAUAUCCUGUGCAAAACUAUCGUACUCGUAUGGCAGUCAUGCAUUGCAAAUUUUUUUCUGAAGCUCAAACCGCAUUACAGAUGCUGAGGAAGUCGAAAUUUGUAAAGCAUAAUUUGUACGAGUACGAUACUUUUGCAAUGCAUAGAGCAAGCACAGGAACAACAACCUUGGAUGCCGCCACCUCCUCCGCCACCCUCCCGCGGAUCUGUACAACAUCAAGAACAUCCAGCUACUGCAACGAAGGGUAAGGCAAACGGCAGGGAAAGGCAGAGUGAAGGUCCCCGUGACCUCAUCGAGAUGUUUGAAGAAAGCAUCCAGAAGCAGAACGAAGAGAUUGACCGGGCUGCGGGUCGGGACAAGGAACACCAUGCAAACAAACCAAAGAACAAGAAGCCACCACUAAGCGCGCAGGAUAAGAAGAGAAGAGCCAUGCAUCACGAUGCAGGAGGCAGUGCUGUACCUGUAGCAGGACCACAGAAUCACAACCAGCAGGAGGCCGGUCUUGAUGUGUCUGGCAGCACGAUGGCCACAAAUGACGAUCCUGCAAGUAUGAAUCAUGCCCGCACGGGACCAUCAACAUCCACUGAUCCGAACAUUAUACGCGUCAAAGGGGCGUCCCAACGCGGGGGGAAUGCGAAAAAGGGGAAUAGCAGCAACAAAGGAAAGGGAGGGCGUGGAUCUUCUUCUUCUAGCAACAUCAACCAUGAAGUCGACAUGAUAUCCUCUGUAGAUUCUGUGAAAUCCGUAUCCCACGAAAAAACUGUUUCACUGUGAUGAUUUUGCAAGAUCUGCGUCACAAGUUUGUUACACACGACACUGAACUUUUGUCAUGCGCGCUUCCCAACGGAAAACACGCUUGACAAUCCAGUGUCUUGCAGGUGUAGCAAGACAAAUAGCUCUGUAUUGCAUUUUCUGCAUCACAAGUUCACAUUGGAGCAGUUUUUUCUUGUGAUAAUCGCGGCAGUUGGAGUUGGAGGAAGAGAUCGCAAGAGAGGAGGCGGAAUUGAGCGCAAAUAUGCUUUGCAAAAGUAUAAAUCGUACUACGUUGCACACAUUUUUGCAUGCGGAACCUUAUUUUCACCCAGAAGGAAGAAUGAAGCUUCAACUUGUCAUGCGGCAGGGGCAGUUAGGGUAUUAUUAUUAAAAAAAAAGCGGAUGAUCUGUCUACUUCAUGCCAAAAUUCUAUUUCAUGCGAUUUCAAUAUCAGCGAGUGCGUCGAAGAAGAUUCUACUUUUGCAAUUCAUAGCGAAGAUGAAAGAACAAUUCGGCGAAGAGGGUCUGAGUCCGCUUGGCAGGCAGUUUUACCCCCCGAUGAAAAGCAAACAGCAACAAAAAAAUCAUCGGCAGAGUGGAAAAGGUCGCGGGGAUAGAAAAGAAGAGGGAGAAGAAGAAGUAGUAGAUCAGCACUUACCGCGACGACACCACAUCCAAACGGAGGUACCGAAAGUGGAAAGGGUGACCGGGCACGGGGGCGGAACGGAGUACGAGUAUGAAGGACCACCAGUAGGAUUAGGAACAGGGGAUGGUGCUCGAGAAAAUGAAGACCCAUACUCGUUCUCUAGUGGAGGUGCUGCAGAUGAUAUCAAUGAUAAUCUAAGUGGUCGGGAACAUCUGGAUGACAAUUAUGAGAACGACCAAAACUACAGUAGAGAAGCAGGUACUUCUUCUGCAUAUAGUACACAGAGUGCAACUGUAGAUCGCAACAAACCAGUCGGAACGACUGUGUACGACAACUCUGGAGCAGACAGUAACAUCAAGCAAAUUUUACUCACUGCUGACGAGGAGGAAGAUCUAU